UUUGUGGUGACAAGUGAAAUCGGUGAAAUCUUUUUCAUAAAUUCUUUGAUUAUUUUGUAAAAAUGUCCUUCUUUGGGGUAGGAAAUCCCUUUUCUACGCCGGUGGGUCAAAAAAUUGAACAAGCUACAGAUGGCUCGUUACCCUCCGAAAAUUGGGCUCUUAAUAUGGAAAUAUGUGAUAUAAUAAACAGCAGUACCGAUGGGCCGAAGGAUGCAGUUAAAGCCAUAAGGAAACGGUUGACACAAAGUGCUGGCAAGAACUAUACUGUUGUCAUGUACUCGUUGACUGUUCUGGAAACCUGUGUGAAAAAUUGUGGAAAGGCUUUCCAUGCUCUGGUUUGUCACAAGGAGUUCAUUUCUGAACUGGUAAAACUCAUUGGCCCCAAAAAUGAUCCUCCGACAGUAGUGCAAGAGAAAGUCUUGAGUCUUAUCCAAUGCUGGGCCGAUGCUUUCCAGAACCAACCUGAAUUGCAGGGCGUAGUGCAGGUGUACAACGAAUUGCGUACUAAAGGAGUGGAGUUCCCUAUGACAGAUCUUGAUGCGAUGGCGCCAAUCUUCACACCACAGAGGAGUGUCCCCGAUGGUCCUGAGCCAGUAUUGGUGGGGUCUCCGCAACGCGCGCCGCCGCAGGCUUCGCCCACCAGGCCCAGCCCUGAACAGGCGGUCGCUACGGUGACCCUAUCCGAGAGUCAAACUAACAAGCUUCGCGCCGACUUGGGCGUGGUGGAAGGCAACAUGGCCGUCAUGAACGACAUGCUUAACGAGCUCACGUCGCAGCCGCCCGCCGCGCACCACCCCAGCGAUAUAGAACUGCUUAACGAGCUAGCGGACACCUUGCGAGCCAUGCAGACGCGCGUUGCCGAGUUAGUAGGGCGGCUGGCAGGCGAGUCGCCGCUGACGGCUGAGCUGCUGCACGCCAACGACCGCCUGAACAACCUGCUGCUGCGGCACCAGCGCCACGUCAACAACAGGGUACAGUGGUGGCUAGCGGAUGAGUCGCCGCUCACAGACGAGCUGCUGCACGCCAACGACCGCCUGAACAACCUGCUGCUGCGGCACCAGCGCCACGUCAACAACAGACGGCUGGCGAGCGAGUCGCCGCUCACAGCUGAGCUGCUGCACGCCAACGACCGCCUGAACAACCUGCUGCUGCGGCACCAGCGCCACGUCAACAACAGAAAUGCUGUGACUGGAGCCACCCCUUCUGCUAUCUUGGGCGCUGCUAUGGGCGUGCCUAAAAACGAAUCACCAAAGAAGCCUGAAGAUGACGCCUUGAUCGACUUGAGCGAUGAUGUGCCGGACGUCGCAAAACUGAGCGUGAAAGACUCGCAGCCCGACCGAUCGCCCGGACAGGCGUCGAAGGACGAGUUCGAUAUGUUCGCGCAGUCGCGGAACGUUACCUACGAAACUUCUAAAACUGGUGGCAGCAGCUACGCGGACAACUUGGAGGAGCAGACGGGCGGCAGCCUGGCCGCCGCCGCCAGUCAGCGAGCCACGCAGGGCCAGCCGCUGCCCACAGGGAUGGAUCAGAGAGAGAUAGAUGAGAUAGCCGCUUGGUUAGAACAAGAGAAGGCCGCAACAGAUGCAAACGGCGCCCAAGAGAGCGUAACCAGUAGCGAUUUCGACAAAUUUCUUGCGGAACGCGCCGCGGCCGCCGAAAGCCUUCCCAACGCCGACAACCGGGCCCAGAGCACUCCCUCGCAAACACCCCGCCAUCGCCAGAUCAAGAAGGAGGAACAGGACUCCAUGUUUGCGCUCUGAUGCGGUUGAGGACAGGAUACGCAGUUACCCCAGGUAGGACGAUGAUAGGGCUCGGAUUUUAGGUGUUAACUUCAAUGUUAUUUUAGUAAGAACUAAUUUUGGCUUUUCAAACAUACUUUUGGUCAAUUUUGAAUGUAAAACUAUAACGUCGACAGCAAAUGAAACUACAGCUGUAAGGCCUAAUUUCCACCAAGGCGAAGCGAAGCGGAGAAGAGAGAUGUUUCGGGCGGACGAAUAUUUUCUAAAGAAUUUGAAAUAUAAUGAAAUCUGAUUUUGGUUAUUCAAAACCCUUCUCCUCUCUGGUUUGGUGGAAAGCGGGCCAAUACUGUUUGAAAAUGUAAUGCAUGUAAUGUGUAAACCACACUCAAUUAAAUGAUUUGAUAAAUGAUAAUAUCGAUGGCUCCUACGUAUA